AUGCCUGUUCUCCACAAAUCGUCCGGUCCCAAAGUGAAGAAGCCAUUGCAUUAUUCCCCUCCAACCGCAGGAAGCCACAGUACAAAGGAUCGUCAAUACUGGGCAGUAUCAGCUGUAAACCCUCUUCUUCCUGGAGGCAACAUAAUACCACCCCGGGGCGACAUUGGGUUCACCAUGCCCUCGGACUUGACCAAUGCGUUGGUACCUCUCGAGCAAUGGGGUGACCAGCAUCCCUUCUGGUCAACAGAGGCUCACAACUAUCCUACUGGUUACGUGCCAUUCAGCCAUUCAUAUCCUCACGAGGAAGAAGGGCCUUGCUGUCCAUCGAGUCUUACCAGUCAUUUCCUCCCAAAUGAGAAGCCCAAAAUUGAAAACACAGUUUCAACAUCCUCACAAACUCAUUCACUCAGCAACGGAGUGGAACCUCUCUUUACUCCAAAGGAACUUCCCGAUUUUGGAUGGGAGAAUCUUUCAGGUCUUGCGAGUACGGGCGAGGCCUUUCAAAUUUCCAGAUGCCAAAGAACCUUUUUUUCUCCUCAAGGUCUCCGCAGAAGUCUGUUAAAACUAGAGAUGGGACUCCUGGAAGAUUUAGAGCUUCUUGAGGCUGGGCUAACGAUCCCACAAUCCCCAUCUCUUUUGCAUGAUAGCUAUAACUUGCCGAUUGAAACGCUUGAGCUUCCAAUAUAUCGCCUGCUGGAUCACUCCUCUUGGCUCCUGGAAAUCAUCCAGUCUUUAUGUGGGACAACAGUGGCUAGCCCCAAUCGGACGUCUUCUCCGUUUCCCGAAACCCAACCUCGAAAGUUUGAAGACCCAGUAUUCACCUUUCAGGAGGCUGGUGAAAAUACAGAUGAAGGGUUUGCUACAAUAUCCCCACAUGACUCAGGCUAUGGUACCACGAUAGCAAGCCCCGAUCAAACAACAACAACUCCCCCUGGCCUCAAAUGCGAUAUAUCACUAUGGCUCGGCGUGCUAGAGGCCCAUUGUACCUUAGUCCGCAUCUAUCGUGCUGUUUUCACACGUUUGUACCAGCUCUUUCUCAUCGUACCCCCGACCGAUGCAGCCAUGCUUUUGUCAUUACCAAGCAUACGGUUUGGGCAGUUUCAUUUGGAUGGCAGUUUAGUCACCCAAGUCCAAUUGUUGGUUGAUUGGAGCUCGACAACAAUGGCAGAUAUCGACCGCGCUCUUGAGCUUUGCUGGAACCAAGAGGAGGGCGACUCAGUCCAUAAAAAGCACUGGUCAACCCUAAUCCGUGAUAUUGUGAUAACCCAAGAGCAAGAUCCCUGUGAUAUGCCUUUGAUGAAAUUAAUGGAGUGCUUAAGGCAACUUGUGAAAGCUCCAAUGGAUGUUUAA